AUGACGAGGAAGAACGCGUCGCUCACCCCAAUUGCCAAGAACACUCUAAAAAGGUACUUGAUGCGCAUGAUCGAGUCUGUCGAGGCUAGGGUUGCUGAAGCGAUACCUGCCACGUUCGGCAUCGUCCUCGACGGAUCAUUUUGUCCACUUGAGGUUGAGGAAGAUCUGUGGGCACAAAGCCUCUUUGAUCUGAUUGCAGACACGCUGUCCCGCUACAACAAGCCUUGGGAGGCUGUGCACUUCAUGGUCGCCGACAAUUGCAGCGUCAACCAGUACAUUGGUAGUCGUGAGGGUGGUCUACCUAUGGUAGGCUGCGCUUCACACAGGCUCAAUCUGGCUGUGACGGACUACCUAACCAGCUACGAGGCCCUACUGUCGAAAAUCCACGCUCUGAUGACUAAGCUCCGAAUUAUCAAGGGCGAGCCAUUCUUCGUCGAGUUACCGACCUGUCGCCCCUCCAUCGAUAUGAUACCAGGUGGUCGAGUACCUAUGCAAUGGUACAACGGUACACGAAGCUAA